UUUACUGAGGGCCGCUGAGAUGUCCAACGAGAGUCCAACUUUGGUAAAGGGGGAGGGGCCUGUGACCCUGUCACCGUCUGGCUCCACCCCCUCACAGGGCUCGCCCCUCUCCCCUACCAGCGCCUCCAAAGGCCCCGAGCUGCCAGAUGAGUUGCUGCAGGCAGGCUGGGGCCGGUGCUGGUCCAAGCGGGAGAACCGUCCAUAUUAUUUUAACCGCUUCACUAACCAGUCCCUGUGGGAGAUGCCGGUCCUGGGGCAGCACGACGUCAUCUCUGAUCCAUUAGGUCUCAAUGCGGCCCCGGAGGAAGGAGCAGAUUGUAACCUAGGCAACGGGCAGAGGAAGAGGAGGAUAUCUGAAGAGCAGGGGGCGGAGGCUAACAAUUUUAAACGAGCCAAGGUCGAGCCGACGACCCCCAUCUCCCCCAGCGCACCGGGUGCCAAGCCCUGGAACUCCGCCCCCGACGACAAGCAGAGCCAACCGGCAACCCCCAGCACUCCCAGCACUCCCAGUACCCCAGGCACCCCGGGUGCUAAACCCUGGAGCUCCGCCCCUGAGGACAAGCAGAGCCAAUCCGCACCCAGUGUAGCUCCUGGCCCCUCCCCUGCACCAUACAGACCUGCAGUUGUCUACUGGGACUUGGACAUCCCCACCAACGCGGUGAUCCGAGAGAGGCCCCCGGACCCCCAGCUGCCCCCCCACCCGGAGGUGGAGCUGCAUCGAGCUCAGCUGGUCACCAAGCUACGUCAGCACUACCUGGAGCUGUGCCACCAGAGAGAAGGUAUCGACCCUCCCAGGGAGUCGUUCAACCGCUGGCUGUUGGAGAGGAAGGUGAUCGACAAGGGGGGGGACCCCCUGUUGCCUAGCGACUGUGACCCUGUCAUCUCCCCGUCCAUGUUCAGAGAAGUGAUGAAUGACAUUCCAAUCAGGUUGUCUCGCAUUAAGUAUAAGGAAGAAGCCAGGAGACAGCUGUUUAGAUAUGCAGAGGCCGCCAAGAAGAUGAUUGACUCCAGGAAUGCCCCUCAAGACAGCAGAAAGGUGGUGAAGUGGAACACUGAAGACACAAUGAGCUGGCUGCGCCGCGACCACUCAGCCAGCAAGGAGGAUUACAUGGACCGUCUGGAUCACCUACGGAAGCAGUGCGGGCCUCACGUGACGGCGGUGGCUAAGGACUCGGUGGAGGGAAUCUGCUCCAAGAUCUACCACAUCUCUGCAGAGUACAGCCGGCGCCUCAAAGCCGCCCACACCGCCUUGAUGAAGGAAUGCAACCUUUCAGAGGGCUGUGAGCCCCCAGAGGUCCAGGACCGGCUGGUGUACUGCUACCCGGCCCGCCUGGCGUCGCCCUCCCCCCCCCAGCCCCGCGUGGAGCUCCACUUUGAGAACGAGGUGGCCUGCCUGCGCUACAAAGGAGAGAUGGUGAAGAUCAACAGAGGACACUUCAGCAAACUGGAGCUGCUAUACCGGUACAGCUGUAUCGACGACGCCCGCUUUGAGAAGUUCCUGUCCAGAGUCUGGUGUCUCAUCAAACGCUACCAGGUCAUGUUUGGCAGUGGGGUCAACGAGGGGACGGGCCUGCAGGGGGCGCUGCCCGUGGCGGUGUUUGAAGCGCUGAACAAACAGUUUGGCGUUUCCUUUGAAUGUUUUGCGUCUCCUCUCAACUGCUACUUCAAACAGUUCUGCUCCGCCUUCCCCGACACCGACGGCUUCUUCGGCUCUCGAGGGCCGUUCCUCAGCUUCCGUCCCGCCAGCGGCUCCUUCGAGGCCAACCCACCCUUCAGUGAGGAGCUCAUGGACGCCAUGGUGACACACUUUGAGGAGCUCCUGGACAGCUCCACCGAGCCGCUCUCCUUCAUCAUCUUCGUCCCUGAGUGGCGCGACCCCGCGACCCCGGCCCUCAUCAGGCUGGAGGCCAGCCGCUUCCUGAGGCACCAGCUCACCGUGUCGGCCUACGAACACGAGUACCGCUCGGGCAGCCAGCACAUCUGCAAGAGGGACGAGAUGUACUACAAGGCGGUCCACGGCACGGUCGUGUUCUUCCUGCAGAACGCGGCCGGUUUUGCCAAGUGGGAGCCGAACGCCGAGCGCCUGGCCGAGAUCACGUCGGCCUAUCAGAGCAGCUCCUCCCGGCCGGGCCCCGCCCCCGCCGCCCCCCCGGGAGACAAAGACCCCGCCCCCAAAGCAGCAACAACAACAGCAACAACUACAACGACGACGACCGCAACAACAGAACGGACAACUAGUGUGGAGUCACCUGGUCCCCAUGACAACAACAACAACACCAACAACACCAACAGUAGCUCACUAGAGAAGUCUUCUAGUGAUUAAUAUUUGGCUGACCUGGGAACUGCCCUUGUGUCCACACACACACACACACACACUUAUAAACACACACACACACACACACACCACACACACCCUCCGGCCGAGGACCUGAUUGAGGCCAUGGUGGAUCCUGUACAGUAGCUGAACGUGAACAUGAUGUUCGUCCAUUAUUCUCUUUCUCAUCAAAUUGGAAUUGCUUUAAUUUAACACUUUUUUUCUAAAGAAAAAAAAAACAUGACUGUAUCAUAGAGCCUGAAAUAUAGUUUGUUUAAACAAAACCAAAGUGUUAAGAAUGAUAUAUAUGUAUAAAGCUAUAUAAUGUCAAAGUAGACCUGCAGCUGUAUCUGUCUCCCGUUUGUAUAAUGAAUGAGUUUCUGGUCCAUUUUCGUUUGUUUGGCUCUGCGUGAGGCAUGUUGCUCUACCCCCCCUACUGGUCUAUUCCCAGUGUGGGGUCCGCCCUCUACUGGUCCAGGCCUUAUUAUGCAGCAGCAGCUGUUUUCCUGCCGUCUGCUGCAUUUUAAUAUUUGAUCCAUUCAUUACGAACGUUCUCUCGUUAACUAUCAAAUCAAUGCGACGACAUGGCAGUCUCUGAACGGGCACACAUGUCACAUUCCCUAUGUACCAUGGUCCUAUUUGGUGCACUAUUUAAGGAACAGGUGUGGGGUAAUUGGGGCUCCAAUGGCCCCAACAAACAGCAGCUGUUGGCCGACUUGACUUUCCCCGAAAACAGCCGACAAGAACCAAUGGUCUGUCCUACUGGCCUGUGUUGCCCCUUUACGUUCGUUGGGACAGUGUUGCUGUAAAAUGUAUUACCACACUGUCCCAACAGAAGUCAACCAACUAAGAAAGGCCAGUGUGCAAAACCCCUUUAACUUGCACCCCCUGGCAUGCUCCGACCAUAUCUAUCGGAUGAUUUUGAUUACAAUAAAAACGUAGAAAGACAGAGUAUAUCAUGAAUGAUAGAAAUACAUUGGGAAUAUUUAAAAUAUAAUUGAUAAGAUUGAAUGACACUAGGAAGAUGAGAUGAAUGUAAACAACGCGUGUUUUGACCUCACCAACAUGGCGGACCGCGCGUACGGGGAGGGCCAGACUUUCACCACGCCCAUACGUUUGCUCUGCGCAUGCGUGCUCGACGAUCUGCUUCUACUGAGGAAGUGGGUCAAAACAUCGAUCGAAACAUUUCAAAUAAUCGUAUUAUCUCAACUUAUGAAGAGUUGUUGGUCUGUAUGCUGAAUUAUAUACAAACUAGAGAAUCUGUCCUUGGCUAGCAUUAACCUAACUAGUAGCCGUGUGCUCGAAGGCGAUAGUUUCUAAGAAGUAUAUGUUCUCUAGCGUCGGUGCUGCUGUCCGAGCGUCACAUCUCCAGGUUAAUUGUGACAUCACAUCUCCGGGUUAACUGUGACAUCACAUCUCCGCGUUAACUGUGACAUCACAUCUUCUGGUCAACUGUGACAUCACAUCUCCGGGUUAACUGUGACAUCACAUCUCCAGGUGAUCG